CCCCCCCCCCCCCCCCCCCCCCCCGUCUCCCUUCCCGGACCCAGAGGCAGGGGGAGCCCCGGGCAAGGCAGCGCCGAGCCCGCCGAGGACAUGUCCAACCAAGGGGCCCGGCGGAACGGGCCCGUCAAGCUGCGACUGACAGUACUGUGUGCAAAAAACUUGGUGAAAAAGGAUUUUUUCCGACUUCCUGAUCCAUUUGCUAAGGUUGUGGUGGACGGAUCUGGCCAAUGCCAUUCUACAGAUACUGUGAAGAAUACACUUGAUCCAAAAUGGAAUCAGCAUUAUGACCUAUAUAUUGGGAAGUCGGAUUCAAUAACAAUCAGUGUGUGGAAUCACAAGAAAAUUCAUAAAAAGCAGGGAGCCGGCUUUCUGGGUUGUGUGAGACUUCUUUCAAAUGCAAUCAACCGCCUUAAAGACACUGGUUAUCAGAGAUUGGAUUUGUGCAAGCUUGGGCCAAAUGACAAUGAUACUGUUAGAGGACAGAUAGUAGUAAGUCUUCAGUCCAGAGACCGAAUAGGCACAGGAGGACAAGUUGUGGAUUGCAGUCGGUUAUUUGAUAAUGAUUUACCAGAUGGGUGGGAGGAGCGGAGGACUGCUUCUGGAAGGAUCCAAUAUUUAAAUCAUAUUACACGAACAACUCAGUGGGAGCGACCAACACGGCCAGCAUCUGAAUACUCCAGUCCAGGCAGACCGCUGAGCUGUUUUGUGGACGAGAACACUCCAAUUACAGGAACGAACGGUGCGACCUGUGGGCAGUCGUCAGAUCCCCGCCUGGCGGAGAGGAGAGUCAGGUCACAGAGGCACAGAAAUUACAUGAGCAGGACACACUUGCACACUCCUCCUGAUUUACCUGAAGGAUAUGAGCAAAGGACGACUCAGCAAGGUCAGGUCUAUUUUCUGCAUACUCAGACUGGUGUUAGCACGUGGCAUGAUCCAAGAGUACCUAGGGAUCUUAGCAACAUCAAUUGUGAAGAGCUUGGUCCACUGCCUCCUGGAUGGGAGAUCCGAAAUACAGCAACAGGCAGAGUUUAUUUUGUUGACCAUAACAACAGGACAACGCAGUUUACAGAUCCACGGCUAUCUGCUAACUUGCAUUUAGUCUUAAACCGCCAGAAUCAACUUAAAGAUCAGCAACACCAGCAGCAGCAGCAGGUAGUGUCCCUGUGUCAGCUUCCAGAUGAGGCAGAGUGUCUGACUGUGCCAAGGUACAAGCGAGACCUAGUGCAGAAACUCAAGAUCCUGAGGCAAGAGCUGUCACAGCAGCAACCUCAAGCUGGCCAUUGUCGUAUUGAGGUCUCCAGGGAAGAGAUUUUUGAGGAGUCCUACAGGCAAGUGAUGAAGAUGAGGCCAAAAGACCUGUGGAAACGAUUAAUGAUAAAAUUUCGUGGUGAGGAAGGCCUUGAUUAUGGAGGUGUUGCCAGGGAGUGGCUCUACCUAUUGUCACAUGAAAUGCUGAAUCCAUAUUAUGGUCUCUUCCAAUAUUCCCGAGAUGAUAUCUAUACACUGCAAAUCAACCCAGACUCUGCAGUCAACCCGGAACACUUAUCAUAUUUCCAUUUUGUUGGACGGAUAAUGGGGAUGGCUGUGUUUCACGGACACUAUAUUGAUGGGGGCUUCACGUUGCCUUUCUAUAAGCAGUUGCUAGGGAAGCCAAUUACUUUGGAUGAUAUGGAAUUGGUUGACCCUGAUCUGCAUAACAGCUUAGUCUGGAUACUUGAGAAUGAUAUCACAGGAGUCUUGGAUCAUACGUUUUGUGUAGAACACAAUGCAUACGGGGAAAUUAUUCAACAUGAACUGAAACCCAACGGCAAAAGCAUCCCCGUGACAGAGGAAAACAAAAAGGAGUAUGUCAGACUUUAUGUAAACUGGCGAUUUUUACGAGGAAUUGAAGCUCAGUUUCUGGCCCUACAGAAGGGAUUUAAUGAAGUAAUCCCACAACAUCUGCUGAAGACAUUUGAUGAGAAAGAGUUAGAGCUCAUCAUUUGUGGACUGGGAAAAAUCGAUGUUAAUGACUGGAAGGCAAAUACGAGGUUAAAACACUGUACCCCAGACAGCAACAUCGUGAAAUGGUUCUGGAAAGCUGUGGAGUUUUUUGAUGAAGAGAGGAGAGCGCGACUUCUCCAGUUUGUGACUGGCUCAUCCAGAGUGCCUCUGCAGGGCUUCAAGGCAUUACAAGGUGCUGCAGGCCCACGACUAUUUACAAUACACCAGAUUGAUGCCAGCACUAACAAUUUGCCGAAAGCUCAUACCUGCUUUAACCGAAUAGACAUUCCUCCUUACGAAAGCUAUGACAAGCUAUACGAGAAGCUGCUAACUGCCAUUGAAGAAACAUGUGGGUUUGCUGUGGAAUGACCCUUCACAGGCUUACCUGAGACUCUAUUUAUACUCCUAUCAGCCAGAAAGCCCUUCCCUCAGCCAAGACUCAAGAGAUGCUUGAAAUACAGGAAACUUUCCCUUUUCUACACUAGGACACUGGGAGGGAAAGGACAACUUUGGACUUUUUUUUAAUUUUUUUUUUUUUUUUUUU